AAAAUAAUAAAUCCGAAUCUAUUACGUGCAAUUUACGGUUUUUAUAGUGAACAUUAUAAUUAAGCAGAGAAACUCUUCUUCAAAAUACAAACAGUAAUCUCUGCUUAAACUUACAGCAGAAAUCAUGUGCUGUGGAGAAGGUUGCAGGCCGUUGGCCUUUCUUCUAGGCCUUCCUUUUGCUCUCCUCUCUCUUAUCGUCUCUGUCGUCGGCGUCAUCAUUUGGAUCGUCGGGUUGAUGUUGAGUAUAAUAUGUCCGUGUUGCAUAUGUGUAACUUUGUUGGUUGAAUUGGCGCUGGAGUUGAUAAAGGCUCCUAUUCAUGUUAUGGAGUGGUUCAUUAAUCAAAUCCCUUGUUGAGACUUAAUUUCCACAGAUUAUUUUUCAUUCUUCUUAAUUUUUGUAUAAUACUAAAUGAUUAUGGUGUUGUUGAUAAAUUGAUAUCCUUUUCGGGUUACUUUGUUA